ACAACUCUGUAAUUUUUAUUUCUAUUUGUGAUCCUAUUGAUGUACCUAUCUAUAUAUGUCCGUGUUUGUUUCUGUGGCACAUAAAAGAUUUUCUUUUCUCCAUAUAUAUCUUCCUGGAGAAAGGAAAAGCUGUUUCUUCUGUCCCUAUAUCUACUGCCAUGUGAAACUUCAUUAACCUCUCCAUUAUACUGCACCUCGCUCUCUUCCUCUUCUCUAGCUUCGAGCCAAACUUCCGUAUUUAUUGGUCCGGCGGUGGAGAGAGCGCGAGGAAGGAGAUUGAUCAGUGCAAGAACAGUGAUUUUUUGUUAAAUUUUUAUAAAAAAUGUCUUCUUCUCCGCCAUGGAUCACCUCUCUUUCUUGCUCGAGCUCUGUGGUAGAAGCUUCUGGGGAAAAAUACCUUCCAUUGAUAUUUCAAUGGCUAAGAUUCAUUUUCCUCUCUCCUUGUCCUCAAAGAGUUCUACUAUCCUCAGCUGACCUUCUGUUAUUGCUUGUUCUUCUUGUUUUCGCGCUUCACAAGCUCCUUUCAAGAUUCACUUCUACUGGCCAAUCCAGCUCUGACAUUAACAAGCCUCUCAUUAGACACAACAGGGUUCAUAUUAUUCAAACUACAAUCUGGUUUAAGCUCUGUUUGGUUGUGACAGUACUUUUGGCAUUUGGUUAUACUGUUACGUGCAUUCUUGCAUUCGGUGUAACCACGCAAUUGCCAUGGAAACUAGUUAACGGGUUUUUUUGGUUGGUUCAAGCAAUAACUCAAGCAGUAAUUGCAAUCUUGAUAAUUCAUGAGAAAAGAUUUCAAGCUAUCACGCAUCCAUUUUCUCUUAGAAUUUUCUGGGUUGCAAAUUUUAUUAUAAUUAGUUUUUUUAUGUCAUCUGGGAUUAUUCGUUUAGUGUCUCAAGAGACAAAUCUAAUAUUAGAUGAUAUUGUUACGAUAGCAGCUUUUCCUUUGUCCAUUGUCCUUUUUUCUGUUGCCAUUAAAGGGUCAACUGGGAUUAUAGUAAGCGGAGAAUCUGAACCAUUACUACUAAAUGAUGACGAAGACAAAUCAUAUGAAGCUCCUUUGGGUAAAUUAAAUGCAAGUGGAUAUGCUUCAGCGUCAAAAUUUUCUAAGACCUUUUGGCUUUGGAUGAAUCCUUUGUUGAGUAAAGGGUAUAAAUCUCCUCUAAAGUUAGAUGAUGUUCCAACUCUUUCACCAGAACACAGAGCAGAAAGAAUGUCUAAUCUUUUUGCUUCUAAUUGGCCUAAACCUCAUGAAAAAUCAAAGCAUCCAGUUAGGACUACAUUGUUGAGAUGUUUUUGGAGGGAAAUUGCGUUCACUGCUUUUCUUGCAAUCGUUAGGCUGUGUGUAAUGUAUGUUGGGCCUAUUCUGAUUCAAAGUUUCGUGGAUUAUACUGCUGGCGAAAGAAGCUCCCCUUAUGAAGGAUGCUACCUUGUCCUUAUUUUGCUUGCUGCAAAAUUUGUUGAGGUUCUAAGUACUCAUCAAUUUAACUUCAACUCUCAAAAACUUGGAAUGCUCAUUCGUUCUACUCUUGUCACUUCUUUAUACAAGAAGGGGCUAAGAUUAUCAUGUUCUGCUCGCCAAGCGCAUGGAGUUGGACAGAUUGUGAAUUACAUGGCAGUUGAUGCACAGCAACUCUCUGAUAUGAUGUUACAGUUACAUUCUAUAUGGUUGAUGCCAUUGCAAGUUACUGUUGCAUUAGUCCUCUUAUAUAAUGCCCUUGGAAUCUCAGUUAUUGCUGCUCUAAUUGGAAUUGCUGGUGUUAUUGUGUUUGCUGUCUUUGGAACUAAAAGAAACAAUAGAUUCCAAUUCAAUCUGAUGAUAAACCGUGAUUCCAGAAUGAAAGCAACAAAUGAGAUGCUUAAUUAUAUGCGUGUGAUUAAGUUUCAGGCAUGGGAAGAACACUUCAAUAAGAGAAUACAAAAUUUUCGAGAAUCUGAAUUUAGUUGGCUUUCCAAGUUUAUGUAUUCGAUUUCUGGCAACAUUAUUGUCAUGUGGUGCACACCAUUACUAAUAUCAACCGUCACAUUUGGUGUGGCACUUUUGUUAGGAGUGCCACUUGAUGCAGGGACAGUAUUUACAACCACAUCUAUCUUUAAAAUCUUGCAAGAACCUAUUAGGACUUUUCCACAAUCUCUGAUUUCACUUUCCCAAGCAAUGAUAUCUCUUGAAAGAUUGGAUAAGUACAUGUUGAGUAAGGAAUUGGAGGAGCAUUCAGUGGAAAGAGUGGAGGGUUGUAAUGGUAGAAUUGCUGUGGAGGUUAAAGAUGGAGCAUUUAGCUGGGAUGAUGAAAAAAGUGACAAUGAGGUUUUAAAAAAUAUAAAUGUUGAAAUCAAGAAAGGGGAGCUUACUGCUAUUGUUGGGACUGUCGGUUCUGGGAAAUCCUCUCUUCUUGCUUCAAUUCUUGGUGAGAUGCACAAGAUAUCCGGAAAGGUCAGGGUUUGUGGAACAACUGCCUAUGUUGCUCAAACAUCAUGGAUUCAAAAUGGAACAAUUCAAGAGAACAUCUUAUUUGGUUUGCCAAUGGACACAGAAAAAUACAAAGAAAUUAUCAGGGUAUGUUGCUUGGAUAAAGACUUGGAAAUGAUGGAUUAUGGAGAUCAAACUGAGAUUGGAGAGCGUGGUAUUAACCUCAGCGGAGGGCAGAAGCAGCGGAUACAGCUUGCCAGAGCUGUUUAUCAGGAUUCCGAUAUUUACCUUCUUGAUGAUGUUUUCAGUGCUGUUGAUGCACAUACUGGGUCUGAUAUAUUUAAGCAAUGCGUCCGAGGAGCAUUGAAGGGGAAGACUAUCUUGCUUGUAACGCACCAAGUUGACUUCUUGCAUAAUGUUGAUCUUAUCAUGGUCAUGCGUGAUGGAAUGAUAGUACAGUCAGGAAAGUACAAUGAUCUAAUGGCAUCUGGCUUGGAUUUUGGUGCACUAGUGGCUGCUCAUGAAACUGCUAUGGAACUUGUAGAAGCUGGUACCACCAUGACUGGUGAAACUUCUCCUAAGCCACCAAUGUCUCCUCAAGCCCCCUUCAAUCAUGAAGCCAAUGGUGAAAACAGACAUGUAGAUCAACCUGCAUCACAUAAAGGAACAGCAAAACUCAUUGAGGAAGAAGAAAGAGAAACUGGUAGAGUAGGCCUGAAUGUGUAUAAGCAAUACUGCACCGCAGCUUUUGGAUGGUGGGGGGUUACAACGGCAUUGUUAUUGUCCUUAAUAUGGCAAGCAUCACUAAUGGCUGGUGAUUAUUGGUUGGCAUAUGAAACUUCAAGUGAACGGUCUUCAUUUUUCAAUCCUUCUCGCUUCAUUUCUGUCUAUGCAAUUAUUGCAGCUGCUUCAUUGGUGCUGUUAACAAUGAGAGCCUUUUUCACAACAGUUAUGGGGCUUAGGACAGCCCAAAUUUUCUUUACUGGUAUUCUUUAUAGUAUCUUGCACGCUCCCAUGUCAUUUUUUGACACCACACCAUCAGGAAGAAUUUUAAGUCGGGCAUCAUCUGAUCAAUCUAAUGUUGACCUCUUCAUUCCUUUCGUUUUGAGCAUUACAGUUGCCAUGUACAUAACACUGCUCAGCAUUAUCAUUAUUACAUGUCAAUAUGCUUGGCCAACGGUGUUCUUAUUAAUUCCACUUGGUUGGCUCAACAUCUGGUACAGGGGAUACUUUCUUGCAACAUCUCGAGAAUUAACUCGCCUUGACUCAAUUACCAAAGCUCCUAUUAUUCAUCACUUCUCAGAAAGCAUCUCAGGAGUCAUGACAAUUCGUUCUUUCAGAAAGCAAGAUAGUUUCGCUCAGGAAAAUGUUAACAGAGUUAAUGCCAACCUGCGCAUGGACUUUCACAACAAUGGAUCAAAUGAGUGGUUGGGUUUCCGUCUGGAACUUAUUGGGAGCUUUAUCCUCUGCAUGUCUGCUAUGUUCUUGAUUGUGCUACCUAGCAGUAUUAUAAGGCCAGAGAAUGUUGGAUUAUCUCUUUCGUACGGAUUGUCCCUCAAUGGUGUGCUAUUUUGGGCCAUAUACAUGAGUUGCUUCGUGGAAAAUCGGAUGGUUUCUGUUGAAAGAAUUAAGCAAUUCACAAACAUUCCAUCUGAGGCAGCAUGGGAGAUAAAAGACCGGAUUCUUCCCUCAAACUGGCCUACCCAUGGCAAUGUUGAUCUCAGAGACUUACAGGUCAAAUAUCGUCCGAACACUCCUCUGGUUCUCAAAGGUAUUACUCUCAGCAUUUAUGGAGGAGAGAAGAUUGGUGUUGUUGGACGUACAGGAAGUGGAAAGUCAACUUUGAUCCAAGUCUUCUUUAGGCUUGUGGAACCUACAGGAGGGAAAAUAAUCAUUGAUGGCAUAGACAUUUGCAUGCUGGGACUCCAUGAUUUAAGAUCUCGGUUUGGGAUAAUUCCUCAAGAACCAGUCCUUUUUGAAGGAACAGUUAGGAGCAACAUUGACCCCAUCGGACAGCAUUCAGAUGAAGAGAUAUGGAAAAGUCUUGAACGCUGCCAACUCAAGGAUGUAGUAGCUGCAAAACCUGAAAAACUUGAUGCUCCAGUGGUUGACAAUGGAGAAAAUUGGAGCGUGGGUCAAAGGCAGCUUUUAUGUCUGGGGAGAGUUAUGCUAAAGCGGAGCCGCCUAUUGUUUAUGGAUGAGGCAACUGCUUCAGUUGAUUCAAAAACUGACGGUGUAAUUCAGAAGAUUAUCCGAGAGGACUUUGCAGCUUGUACAAUUAUCAGCAUUGCUCACAGAAUACCCACAGUCAUGGACUGUGAUAGAGUUUUAGUUAUAGAUGCAGGACGGGCGAAAGAAUUUGAUAAACCGUCUCGUUUACUUGAGAAGCCAUCGCUUUUCGGGGCUCUAGUUCAGGAGUAUGCCAACCGUUCAGCUGGAAUAUGAUAAGCCAUUUUCAGCUGCUAAUCUUGGUAAAAGAAAAAUAAUUAUGAAGAUCACAGCUUGCAGAAGAUAUUAUUAGUCUACUAGUCAGUUCAGAAAGAGGCUUUCUUAUUUUACCCAAAAAGAGAACUAAAAGCCUCUUUCUUUUACACGAUGUAAUACAAAUUGUAUCUAGAUUUUUACUUGAUAGAAAGAAUUCCAUGGUUGAAAUUUAGAAGAAAGAUUAGUGUUAUUAACCGUAUAUGCGAGCGGAACUCUUCGUUCUUUCUGAUCUAUCAGAAAAAUCGAUUUUCUGAUUUGCCUCCAAUGAUAAGUUUUUUAUUCUGGA